UGAACCUUCGCCUAACGAUAACACGUUAGUGAAAACAAAAUACACGGUGAUGAGAGAAGCCCAACCCGUUCCGAAGCACACCGUCAUCGAUCCAGCGGCGUUACGAUGUGAGUUCGACUAUCAGUGUCGUAUGGGCGAGAGUUGUUCGGGUGUGAUCGAAUUAGUUGAUAGAAACAUUACCGUAUGCCAAUACGAUGUCACCAAAGUGGAUCGUCUUUGUAUUUUUCAUGCUGACUGUCUACAAGGCCAACAAUGUCGUCGCAGUGCAUCCGGUGCGUUCGUGUGCACACCGUCCAUCGAAGCUGCACUCGGUACCGUGUCGUGUGUCUACGACUACGAAUGUUCAGGAGGCAAAAAGUGCAUGAACAUUGCCGGUCCGAAAAAGGCGAAGAACUUGGCAAGAUUCCCCGCAUUGAAGAUUUUUCGCUGUCGUCAGUCGCAAACGAAUGAUCCGCGACACGAUCAACUCUGCAAUAGCAACGCCGAGUGUCCAUAUCAGCAGGUUAGUAAACUGCUUAUUGUGAUAGACUGUCGAAAUUAUACCGUUUUAGUCUAUCUAUUUCGGUGUAAAUGUGGAACAAGAGCUAAACUGUCUUUAUGUAAAUUUUACUUCACCAAUAGCUUCAUAGAAAAGUCUAAACUUUGGUUUCAAAAUGACUAA